CCGCCGCGACCGCGGGCAAAGCACCUCGGGGAGCGGCCGCCGGGGCCAUGGGCGCGCUGGGCUGGCUGCUGGCUCCGCUUCUGCUGCUCAGCGCCCGGACCCCCGCCUCCAGAGCCAUGAAUGACAUCGGGGACUAUGUGGGUUCCAACCUGGAGAUCUCCUGGCUACCCAACCUAGAUGGCCUAAUGGAGGGCUACGCUCGCAACUUCCGGCCAGGCAUUGGAGGUCCCCCCGUGAACGUAGCUCUGGCCAUUGAGGUGGCCAGCAUCGACCACAUCUCCGAGGCGAAUAUGGAAUACACCAUGACCGUGUUCCUACACCAGAGCUGGCGUGACGGCAGGCUGUCCUACAACCAUACCAACGAGACGCUGGGCCUGGACAGCCGCUUUGUGGACAAGCUGUGGCUGCCAGACACCUUCAUUGUGAACGCCAAGUCGGCCUGGUUCCAUGACGUGACAGUGGAGAACAAACUGAUCCGCCUGCAGCCCGAUGGCAUUAUCCUCUACAGCAUCAGAAUCACCUCCACAGUGGCCUGUGAUAUGGACCUGGCCAAGUACCCCAUGGAUGAGCAGGAGUGUAUGCUUCACCUGGAGAGUUAUGGCUACUCCUCUGAAGACAUUGUGUACUACUGGUCUGAAAACCAGGAGCAGAUCCAUGGGCUGGACAAACUGCAGCUGGCCCAGUUCACAAUAACCAGCUACCGCUUUACGACAGAGCUCAUGAACUUCAAAUCUGCGGGCCAGUUCCCCCGGCUCAGCCUGCACUUCCACCUCCGGAGGAAUCGGGGCGUGUACAUCAUCCAGUCCUACAUGCCCUCCAUCCUCCUGGUCGCCAUGUCCUGGGUCUCCUUCUGGAUCAGCCAGGCCGCCGUGCCUGCCCGGGUGUCUCUAGGCAUCACCACGGUGCUGACCAUGACCACGUUGAUGGUCAGCGCCCGCUCCUCGCUGCCCCGGGCCUCGGCCAUCAAGGCGCUGGACGUGUACUUCUGGAUCUGCUACGUGUUUGUGUUCGCCGCGCUGGUAGAGUACGCCUUCGCCCACUUCAGCGCCGAUUACCGCAAGAAGCAAAAGGCCAAGGUCAAGGUCACCGAGCGCCGGGCAGAGAUGGACGUGAAGAACGCCAUCGUGCUCUUCUCGCUCUCUGCCGCCGGCGUCACGCAGGAGCUGGCGGUGUCGCGCCGGCAUGGCCGUGCCCCGGGGAACCUCAUGGGCUCCUACAGGUCCGUGGAGGUGGAGACCAGGGAGAUGAAGAAGCAGGGGGUGGCCGGCUCUGGGGCCCAGGGAGGCCUCCGCGCGCUCUUCAAGCCCAUCGACGCCGACACCAUCGACGUCUACGCACGCGCCGUGUUCCCAGCGGCCUUUGCGGCCGUCAACGUCAUCUACUGGGCCGCAUACACCAUGUAGGCGCCGGCAACAUGGCGCUUUCCACGCUGCUGCCCUCGCCACCGGAUUCAGAGUGCGGGUGACAGCAGGCCAGGACAGGAUGGAAGCCAUGUCCAAGCACCCCGUCCCGGUGGUCCCCACUCCCCCAGAUAUAAGUGUAGGUCUCCCAGGCCCCCCAUCUCCUGCACGCUUAGCACCUGCCUCCCCGCUGACUGUGCUGGUCCCUGGGGAACCUUUGACUCGGGGAUCCCCCUAAUUCAGGACUUAGCCCCGGGGUUGGGAGCUGACUUGGAGUUGGUGAAAAGUAUUCAUAUGGCCCCUGGGCCUGGCAUGAAAUUCAGUAAAUUCUUCGGCUUGAUAACUAA